AUGACAAUCUCACACAAGCCUAUCAAGACUGCCGGAUGCUUGAUUAUUGGUGAUGAGAUUUUAAAUGGGAAAAUUAUGGAUACAAAUUCCUACAAUUUUGCUCGAUUCUGCUUCAAUGAUUUAUCAAUUCCAUUAAAGAGAACUGUGGUUUGCGGUGAUGACUCUCAAGAUAUCAAAACUUCCUUACACAAUUUACUAUCUCAAGACAAUGUUGGAUUUCUCGUAACUUCGGGUGGAUUGGGAAGUACCCACGACGAUAUCACUUAUGAAGCAAUCAGUGAUUACUUCAAGUUGGACUACAAACUCGAUCAAGAAGUUGUGGACCGCAUGCAAUCGCUUCGCAAGGACUACUUGGCCAAAUUAGAUAAAGAACAAUUGGACGCAUUUUACCGAAUGGCUACGUUGCCUACAACUACUAGUAACGCCGUCACCACUACUGCUACAGCCACACCUACCACCACUGGUGCCAGCAGCACUGCUUCUGGGUUUAAGGUGGAGAAAAUAUAUGCCAAUGACAAAAUGUGGUUCCCAAUAGUUGUCAUUGAUGAAAGAGUUUUUAUAUUGCCUGGUGUCCCUCAAUUGUUUGUCCAAUGUUUACCAACGAUCAAAGGGUAUUUGCAACCACGACUAGAGUCUAUAAAAUUGAUACGAAGAUAUGUCGUGACCAAAACUGGGGAAAGUCAGUUGGCUCCUUACCUUGGAAAGUUGCAAACUCGUUGCAAUGAGAAAUUUGGCAAUGGUGUUGUUAAAUUAGGAAGUUAUCCUCAUUUAGAAUCUCAUUUGAAUACUAUUAGUGUGAUUGGAAAUGGGAUAGAAUCCAAAAAAGACUUAGACUGGGUGGUUGAUGAUUUGUUGAACAAUGUGAAUGGUCAUGCUAAAGAAAUAUCACAAGAGGAAGAAGAUGAAUUUACUUAA